GUGGGGGAGGAGAGGGAGCUGGAGGGGCGUUGACCCUUACAAAACUGACUUUAGCAGGGAGUUUGCCCAUGUUGAGUGAUGGGAGAAUGAACCAAAUGUCGUUUCUCUUGUCUCCUAAGUUCUUUUUAAAAAAUGUUUUCCGUGUGUGCCUGAGUGUUUGUGUAUAUAUAUGUGUGUGUAUACCCCACGUGCAUGCUUUAUUAGUACGCCUGGCAAACUCUUACUCGUCCCUCAAAACCCUAGGCGACUCACCACAUCCGUGACUGCUCCCGGUACGCUUUCCUCGGUAUCUGAAGGGAUGAGCCCCCCAUGCUUACCUGGGGGCGGUGGUUCUGGAACCGUAGCCCCUGCAGUAAAGACGGGGCUUUGGGGAUGCAGAGAGCAUGGGGAUGAGAGAGGAGGCUUUCUCCGCAACUGGGUCCUGACCCUGGGGAGGCUACAGAGAUGGAUGGGGGGUCAGCUCUUCCGUCUAAACCGGAACCUGCCCCCUGCAGAACUCACCAGACUUGUGACUUCACAAUCUUCUAGAUGACUUCCUACAGCCAGAACAAAGGCACCGCUGGUGGAAUUUUGCCUUCCAGCUUGUCCGAAAGGUACUCCUCCAUCAUCAAACAGAUGCCGGAGGAACUGGAGAGUGUCCUCUCCGAGAUGAUGGUUCAGCUAGACAACAUCUCCAUCUUGAUAUCCAAAAUCAAUCAGUCCUUCGAGGAGCAUCACAAGCAGGUGGAAAACUUCUUCGAGCUGGUGGGGAUCUUCAAGUCCCCCCGCAUCCUGGAGAUGAUCAAGGCUGUACAGAUUUCGACUGAGAAAGAAGCCAAGCAGGGCCCAGAGACCACGGCCCCCCAGGACCCUGAGGAACUCAAGGCCACCCCGGGACCUCAGCUGUUCACCCGACAUCAGUGCCUCUCAGAGACUGAGGAGCAGCAGGACCCACAGCCUGUGUGGGACAAGGAACCCAAGUUCUGGAGCGAUACCCUGACCCAGGAACUCUGGAAACUUUUCAGGGAAAACCCAGAGAACCAACAGGCACAGGAGGAGGAGCUGCUGGGACUGGAAAACAAAGACUCCUGCCUGCGAGACUCAGAACAAGAACCGGAGUCUGAGCCCAAGCCCAGAGGCAGCCUGAGUGACUUCUCCCCUAUCCUGAGUGAGACUUCCUUGGAUCUGCUUGGUAUUUCCCAAAAAGACAUCAGCCAGCUCCAAUGUGAGACCCAGGAACCUUCCGGAAGUGCUGAUCCAUUUCGGAAGCCCCUGUCCUGGGACUCUGAGAACUUAGCGCCCAGCUGGGAGAGACCAGGUGCAUCACUCUGGCAACCGAAGAGGUUCGCUGUCCCCCAGGCCCUGCAGAAGGUGCGGGUGUUGAGACACGGUGAACUCCUGUUGGCGAUGGCCGUGAGCUGCUUCACAAGGCACGUCUUCACCUGUAGCCGGAGUGGCAUCAAGGUGUGGAGUCUAACGAACCAGGUGGCAGAGGACCGAUUUCCCGAGAGCCACUUGCAGUGUGGCAUCCAGACCAAUGGGGCGUACCUGCGUACCUGCCUGCUGUCCUCUAACAGUAGGACCCUGUUCGCCGGCGGACACAACCUGCCAUGCGUGAGCGUGUGGGACCUGGCAGCCCCGUUCCUGUACGAGAAGUGUCAGCUGCCCUGCAAAGGCCUGUCCUGUCAGGUGCUAGCCAGCACAGAGGAGAAUAUUACCUUCGCUGGCUUCACAGAUGGCAGGGUCAGGAUGUGGGACCUAAGGAGUCAGGGAGUAGUCAGGGACCUCGAAUGCCCUGUCAGUGCGGCCAAGAGCCUGGUGGUCAAAGAUGACAAUGUCUGGAUGGGAGGUCUGGAUGCCUGUCUACGAUGCUGGGACCUGCGGAUGGUCAAGGUGUCGCUGGAGUACACAUUCCAGUCCCAGAUCAUGAGCCUGUCACACAGCCCACGGGAGGACUGGCUGCUGCUGGGCCUGGCCAACGGCCAGCACUGCCUGUAUGACAGCAAGAGGAGGAGCGAGGUGCUCCCUGUGGGCACCAAGGACAAGACCAUCUUAGGCCUCAAGUACUCCCCAAAUGGCCAGUGGUGGGUGAGCGUGGGGAUGGACGCCCUGGUCACCAUCCACAGCAUGCCCUCAGGAAAGAAACUCUUCCAGGCCCCUGAGGCUGCCGCUGUCACAUGCUGCGACGUGGCAGCCAAUGGCAAGCUGAUUGUCACGGGUUCUGGGUACUGGGCCUCCGUGUACCAGAUCAAGUACUGAAGGCUUCGACUGCUGACUCUUUACUCUCUCCCAGCUGCCCAGUGGUGGGUGAGAGUCCCAAGGGUGUGCCCGACCCUCCCUCAUCACACAAAGUAAAGCAAUUGAG